UUGUUUCAGAUGGUUCGAGCUCUGGAUGAAAACUUGUGCAUCCCAGCUCGACUUAGUUCUCGCUCUCAGGUUCUUAAGAAUGAUAUUCCAAUGUCUAACAAGUUGCUCCAGCAUUAUAGCAAGCAGGGAAACGUCCAGCAGGCACGAAUCGUGUUUGACAAUAUCACCGUCAAGGACUCUUUCUCGUGGAACAUCAUGCUAUCAACGUAUGCCCGGGGCGGGUGUGUGGAGGAAGCCAGGAUUUUCUUCGAGGACAUGCCGAGCAGGGACAUGGUUUCGUGGAACGCGUUGCUCUCGGCGUAUGCCCGGAGCGGGCAUGUUGAGGAGGCCAAGCAGGUCUUUUCCUCGAUGCCCAGCUCCAAUCUAGUCUCGUGGACGUCGUUACUGGCCGCUUAUACGCAGAACGGGCAUAUCAAGCUAGCAAAGUCGGUCUUUGAGGAGAUGCCGCAGAGGGAUAUGAUGGCCUGGACUAUAAUGCUUACGGCCUUGACGCAGAGAUAUCUGGUGAUGGAGGCCGAGAACGUUUUCUUCAACAUGCCCGAGUAUAAUCUGGUAUCCUGGACUGCUAUGCUAACUUGUUAUUCCCAGAGCGGGCAUAUUGAAGAAGCAAGUUUGGUUUUUCACGCCAUGGAGCAGCGUGACAUCGUUGCUUGGACUGCGAUGGUGGCUGCCUAUGCGCAAUCGGGCACCAUGAUUUGUGUCUACACCCAAGACGCGGACUUUCGCAAGGCCGAGGAGGUUUAUAACGCGAUGCCGGAGUGGAGCGUCGUGACCAUGAACGCGAUGCUAAGUUGCUACGCUCAGAGUUCUCAGGUGGAGCGGGCCAAGAGGGUGUUCGACGAGAUCCCGGAGAAGAGCUUGGUGUCCUGGAACGCGAUGCUUUCGGGGUAUGCACAGAACGGGGAGAUUGAGAAGGCAAAGAACGUUUUUGAUCGCAUGGAGGAGAGGGACGUGGUGUCGUGGGACGCGAUGGUUUCCGGGUAUGCUCAAAACGGGUAUGUCGAGGAGGCUAGAAGGAUCUUCAACGCGAUGCCCGAGAGGAACCUCGUCGCCUGGAACGCACUCUUGUGUGGGCUGGCACUGAACGGAAGUGUGGAGGAGGCCGAAGAGCUGCUGCUGAGCACCGCCAUGGACGAUCGCAACAUCGUCUCGUGGACUGCGGUGGCUAUUGGCUAUGCCCAAGUUGGUCAUCUCCAAAAAACCAGGAGAGUCUUCGACGCUAUGCCCGAGCGCGACGCGGUGGCCUGGAACGCGAUGCUCGAGACGUAUGCUUACAAUGGCCGGACGGAGUCGACGCUGGAGCUCUUCCACACCAUGGCUCUCAUGCAAACUCCAGGAGAAGCAGGCUUCGUUUGGAUUCUCCUGGCUUGCAGCCACGCAGGAAAGCUUCGAUCGGGGCUCGGCUACUUUGCUUCGAUGACGAGAGAUUGGAAGUUGGUUCCUCUCAAGCAGCACUUCUGCUGCGUGGUGGAUCUUCUCGGCCGGGCCGGGUACUUGGGCGAGGCCGAGGUGCUCGUGUCGGCCAUGCCGAGCGAUGCCCGAGAGCUGGGGUGGUCGUGCUUGCUGGGAGCUUGCCGGGGACACACCGAGAUGGACAUGAGCCGGGGAGCUCGAGUGACUAAACAGGUGCUCGGGCUGGACAGGAGGAAAGCCACUCCGUAUGUGCUGCUGGCCGAUAUGUUUCGAUCGACGAGCAAACUCUUCCAAUUCUCUGCUCCAAAUCCACCAUUGCUACUCACUCGCUCGAAGUUCUUCCAAGAACUAAAGUAAAAACUUUGGACAAAGGAGAAAAGCAAAGAACUAUAAAGUAGAAGCU